AGGAAAACUAAUUAAACAAAUACACGAAAAGAAAAAAAACACGAGCUUUUCUCUGCUGUGCAUGUAUAACACACAUCCAUCGAACAACCCCACAUCGUACCAUUCGAAUCUAUUCCGCUGGCGGUCAAGCGCUGCUCUGAAGAAGGGAUUGAGAGCUUCUUCGUUCUUCGUUCGAUUGUUACAAUCAAAGGCUCCCAAUACUCAGAUUAUAUGUAUCAAAUUAUUGUAUUAAUGAUGAUCAAGUAGGCUCAAUGAGGGUUUGUGAUUACGCUCGAUUAAGUCGGUUUCAGAGGAAUUGGUAUCUGGGUUUUUGUGGGUUUUUGAAGUGUUUUGUUGGGUCGAGAAGUUAUUUGCGAUAGGAGUGUGAUAUGUUAGGGUAGGUGUUUUUUUGGGGUAGGGUUAGGGUUAGGGUUUGUUGGUGUUCUGGAGGGUUGAUAUGGAAGAUACAGAGCUUGAAGAGGGCGAAGCUUGCUACUACAAGGACGAUACAAGUGUUGACCCUGACAUAGCUCUCUCUUACCUUUUUGAACAAAUUGCAUGCUGCAAGGGCCUCAUCAGGGGAUAUUUCAGCCAAACAAAAUUCGUGCUUGUCUUCUGCUGUAGUUAUUGAAAAGUUCCCUAUGAAACAUGAACCUGUUUUGAUUAAGCCGGUUAAUCCAACUGACCAGAGAACACUGAAGGUUCGAAUCAGAGUGGUUCUGGUAACAGAGCAAGGAAAAAUGCUGCAAUCUAUAGUGGCCUUGGGCUUAUUUCUCCAUCAUCGUCAAUGGGGAACAGUCCUGAUGAGAGCGGUGGGAUGUCAUCUGAAUGCCAAGAGAACGUGCAUGAAUCUCUUUACAGAAUACUUCAGAGUAUGACAUCUUUUCCAGUCCCUGGUGGCUUGCUUUUGUCAUCUCUCCAUGAGAGUUUACUUUGCUUGGCAAGAAAGGAAAAACUUUCACAAAACAGUAAGCCUGUUGCUGCCAUCAAGAGCAAGAGCAUGCUGUUGCUUUAGCAGAUGAUUCCGCUUCCUUGAUGGGGGUUAGUAAAGUGUCAAAAGACAAGAAAGCAAAGAUAGUGGAGAAGAGUGACAAUUUGAUAGUGUUGAAGCCAGAACUUGGUAUGCAUUUUGAUGAUAAAAGAACUACUAUUGUGAAGUGCGAAGUUGAUAUUGAAGUGCGAAAUAUGGGAAAUGAGUCCCUGGGCCAGAAAGGGUGUUUCUCUAAUGACACAAAACCCAAGCGUAUUUCAAAUUCAGUAUGCAAUGUUGUGGACAGUGUGAAACGUGCUGCCAUGGCACCUGGGAUUCCUAGGGAAGCGGGGAGAAACAUAUCAUUGAAGAAGAGGGAAGUGACUAAGGAUGGGAUGGAAGACAGAUUAUCAACUGGGCUAGUUAAGGAGUCUGAGUCAUUAUCUGAUCAAAAGGAUGGUGAGUAUGAAAAGGCAGAACCGAGGACUAGGAGUAGUUCAAUGGAGAAGAUUUGUGAAAGCAGAAUAAAAAAUUAUCAUAGGAACGUUUCAACUGAUCUUAGAGAAGAUGUCCAGAGCAAAGGAAGCAAAAGUUUCUGACCCAUUGAAAGCUGACACUGAUGUUUCUAAGUGCAGGAGAGAUCAUAAUGUUGGGGCAAUGGAUCAUUCCCGUUACAAGGUUGGUCAGACAACUACAUAUCAUGAACAGGUUGAAGCUAAAAUGCCUCGUGG